AUGGAAAUGCCUCCCCCUUCCCCUCAAAGCUCUCCUCUCCAAUUCACACCCCUCGCUAUGCAAGCCCCCAAUCCCGAUUCUCCUCCACAACAAACCCCUCCACCUCCUCCUAUAUCCACCUAUAAAAGAAGAAUCCGGUCUAAAUUAACCCGACCCAUGGCAUCUGCACCACCUCCCGCAAAGCGCAAAGACCCACCUGCUACUCCACUUUUUGAGCCUACACUCAAACACCCCAGAACUUCGGCUUCCACACAACAAGGGGUCGAUGCUUCUACCUCUACCCCACAAACCAAAUCUCCCUCCUCUAGCAAGAAGCAACCUUCAGCAGUGGUAACACAGCAUCCUCUACCAGCACUUUCAGACACUCUAUAUUUUGAUGUUACUCACUUAUACAAGACUGGAUUCAGUUUGCCACCAUCUGACACUGCACAACCAGUAGGAGAUACAGGACCAUCUGCACAACUAGAGGCACAAUCUGCACCAGUAGUCCAACAGCCUUCUGCUGAACCUGCACCACCUACUCAAUCUGCACAGGAUACCUUAGCAAAAUCUACACAGAAGCUUGAAUCUGGUCUUGAUAUCCUUAAGGAUCAUCAUGAUCAACUCUUUAAUCUUGUUAUGGAGACCAGAGACAAGCAGAAAGAGUUGAAAGAGAUGAUGAAGCAGCUCAUGCUUUUCAAUAUACUGCACAGGCUGUGA